AUGGGCGUCACAUACUCGCAAUUCUUCCCGCCGAAACCAUCUCUGACGGCGGCCAACCUACCAAGCCAGAAAGGCAAAGUCUUCAUAGUCACGGGCGGUGCGUCUGGUGUGGGCUUUGAGCUCUGUAAGAUCCUGUAUCAAGCCGGUGGGAAGGUCUACCUCGCUGGACGGUCGCCACAUGGUGCCAGAUUGGCUGCGACACGGAUCAAGUCCACAGUCUGUGAUGAUCCUGGGGAGUUGGCUUUCUUGUUUCUUGACCUUCAGGACGUGGGGACCAUCCGACCGGCGGUUGAGGCCUUCACCGCAGCAGAAUCGAGACUGGAUGUCCUCUUCAACAACGCCGGAGUCUUCCAACCACCCCAAGGAUCUGUCUCUGCCCAGGGCCAUGAGCUGCAGAUGGCCACGAACUGUCUGGGUCCACAUCUGCUCGCACAGCUUCUGACGCCUACACUGAUAAACACGGCACAAAGCUCACCCUCAGCCGCUGUUCGCAUAGUCUGGACGUCUUCCCUACUAGUUGAUAUGUCUGCGCCUAGAGGAGGCGGCAUCACGUCUAACACUCUUUCGACCUUGGUGGUCACAGAUCCCAGCACAAACUAUACAACUUCCAAAACCGGCAAUUGGUAUCUCGCCAAAGCUUUCUCUGAUCGACUCCGCAAGCAUGUGAUCGUGAGCGUCACGCAGAAUCCAGGCAACUUGGCCACCCAAUCACUGCGACAUCUGCAUUGGAUUAUGCCCUAUCUCACAGCCCCGCUGAACCAUGAUCCUGUAUUUGGAGCGUAUACCGAGUUGUACGCUGGAUUGUCACGGGACUUGAAUAUCGAUGACGGCGGCUCUUAUAUCAUCCCCUGGGGUCGAAAGCACCCCUGUCCUCGAGCAGAUAUCGUGGAUGCGAUGAAGAGAGAAGAUGACGGCGGGCCUGAUGCUGUGAAGCUGUUUGUCGAUUGGUGCGACAAGCUGACCAAACGUUUCCAUUGA